CAAGCAGGCGAAGAAAAUGAUCCUAAUUCCACUGAGCCAGAACAAGCGACAAUUAUAACCACAAAAUAAGAACGAGACCCAGGUAGACGUCUUCCAAUCUGGGAACUCCCUUCAGAUAAGCAAGAUGAUGCUAGGCGUUUUUAUAUAACCGAGGGCCCCUAUCAACCAAAAUUGGAUGAGUAUGAUUUUACUGGAACCGGUUCUAGCCGUCGCCGAUUUCAGAGUGCUUGGUUCACAAAUUUUUCCUGGUUGGAAUAUUCACCUUAUAAAAAUCGUGCAUAUUGCUUGCCUUGUUUUCUCUUUUCAAAAAAGCCAAUUGGUAAGUGUGGUUCAGAGACAUUUUCAGUCAAAGGAUUUGAUAAGUGGAAGAAGGUCAAUGAUGGAAAAGAUUGUGCUUUCCUCACACAUGUGGGAACUAGUCCGAGUUCAGCCCACAAUUUCGCUGUUCGAUGUUAUGAGAGCCUGAAAAAUAAUAUGACUCAUAUUGACAAGGUGAUUAAAAAGCAAUGCAAGAAACGGGUUGCAGAUGCAAGACUAAGGCCUACGGCUUCCAUCGAUGUUAUUAAGUUGUUAAUGCGCCAAGCAUGUCCCUUUAGAGGGAAUGAUGAAUCUGAAGAUUCCACAAACCAAGGAAAUUUCAAGGAAAUUUUGAAGCUUGUGGGUUCUUAUAAUAAGGAGGUGGGAGAAGUUAUUAAAAAUGCUCCAAGAAAUGCUAAGUACACAUCACCAAGUAUUUAGAAGGAAAUUGCAGGUAUAUUUGCUCGAAAAGUGCAAAAUCACAUUUCAGAAGAAAUUGCUAAUAGCAAGUUUACUAUCAUGGUUGAUGAAUCUCGAGAUGAGUCUAAGAAAGAGCAGAUGGCUGUUGUUCUUCGAUUUGUUAACAUAGAUGGGGAGAUAAAGGAGCGUUUCAUUGAUCUUAUUCAUGUUAGUGACACUUGUGCUUUGACUCUCAAGAACUCAAUUAUUGCUGUGUUAGUUGGUAAUGGGUUGAGUGUGAAUGAUAUCAGAGGGAAAGGCUACGAUGGAGCAAGUAACAUGAGAGGAGAGUGGAAUGGGCUUAAAGCUCUAAUUCUCCAGGAAUGUCCUUAUGCGUACUAUAUUCACUGUCUUGCUCAUCAACUCCAAUUGGCUCUUGUUGCUGCUUCAAGGGAGGUACCUAAGGUCCACAACUUCUUCCAAAAUGCAAAUUUUAUUGUAAAUACUGUUAGUGCAUCUCCUAAAUGCAAUGAUGAGCUGCUAGAUAAUCAGGCUAUUGAAAUUGCAAAGGAGAUUGAACUAGGAGAUCUUGACACAGGAAGAGGAUUAAAUCAAAUUGGAUCUUUACAAAGGGCCGGAGACACAAGAUGGAGUUCCCACUAUAAGUCAGUAAAGAGCUUUUUAAGGCUCUUUGGUCCAUUAGUUUUGGUACUAAGAGGUGUAGCAAAUGACCGUUCAGUUCCAUGGGGUCCAAGAGGAGAUGCCGAGGGUGCCCUUAAUUUUCUGGUUACAUUUGAUUUUGUCUUCAUUCUACACCUCAUGGAGAAAAUUAUGAAUAUCACUGAUGUCUUGUGUGUCAAACUCCAAAGUAAAACUUUGGAUAUUGCAAAUGCACUGGAUAUUGUUUCUAACACAAAGCUAUUGCUUGCUGAAUUGACAGAAGGUGGAUGGGAUAGUCUUAUAGAAGAGGUGGGCGCCUUUUGUUUGAAGCAUGAGAUUAACAUACCGGAUAUGAAACAAAAGUAAGUAUCUUUUCCAAUAGUCACUUACCCAUUUAUAAACAUACUCAUUAGUGUCUAAAUAGUGAAACUGAUUUACAUUUCUUUGAUAUUUGUUGCAACUUUAGGUAUGUUGAUGUGAAGAAAUCUCGAAAUAAGCAUGACAACACCACAGUAUUCCAUCACUACAAAGUAGAUGUGUUUAAUGCUGCAAUAGAUCAACAACUGACAGAGUUGAAUCAUCGAUUUAGUUCUCAAGUAACUGAGCUUCUAGAUCUCUAUACAUCCUUGGAUCCUAGAUAUGAUAAUUUUGACAAGUCUAAGAUAUGCAGACUAGUAGAAAAUUUUUAUCCCGCUGAUUUUUCUAGUCAAGAGAGGGAUAGGUUGGAGUGUGAGCUUCCACAUUUUCAGCUUGAUACAUGCAACCAUCCAGAGAUCAAAAAUUGCAAAUCACUUGCUGAAUUGACAAAAGGAAUAAUUAAGACUGGCAAAUCAUCUGAUUAUCCAAUGGUUGAGAGGUUAUUACGGUUAGUGAUCACUCUUCCGGUGUCAACUGCAACAGCAGAGCGAGCCUUUUCUGCUAUGAAACUAGUCAAGACACGUCUUCGCACUAAGUUGGGAGAUGAUUUUCUUCGCUAUUGUCUCAUAGUCUACAUAGAGAGGGAAAUAGCAGAAAAGUUUAGUGUUGAAGAAAUUAUUGAGACUUUUGAUCUUUGUGCUCGUAAAGCCGAAUUUAAAUUGAUAGAUAUGUAAUUUCAUUUAUAUUUCAGGAAAAGCAUAUUUUUAUUAUGUAGACCUAUGAAAUUUUAGUGUGUUGUGAGACCAA